CAUCAAAUACAUACACUACUUCAUCCAUAGCCUUUUCAUUGUGUACCUCCAACCCUAACCCAGAGCUUCUUCAUCGUGCCUCCAACCCUAAUACCAGAGAUUCAUCGCGCCUCCAACACUUCCGUCAAGCUUGGCUACCGUCAUGUUCAUCUUCAUCAUCUCCUCCUCGUGACCCAGACCCAGAAAGCCCUAAGCCAUCUUAGACCGUUCCAUCGUCGCUGUCUUAGUCUGUUCCAUCGCCGCCUUUGAACCCUAAGCACCAACUCGGGUUCUUCUCCUCCUCUACUCUCUCACACUCCCUCCGAUUACACAACAUACCAACCUAGAUCUAUUCUUAUUUUGCGUUUUAUUCUGUCGCUCACUGGAAAUUCGUUCGGCACCUAUUCAUCGUCUUCCAGUGAAGAAGAGAUUGCUCUUUUUUCUUAUCAACAAGGAUGUCUGGGUACUGAGAUUUGUGAACCAGAUUUAUACAACAUUCAGUUCUUACUUCUGAGCUUGAUUAAGCCCAAUUGCAUCCCAGCCUGUUGGUGCACAGCUUCCAAUGGUCUAUCCAGUGGGGAAACAGAAUAAGCAUGCCUUGGUCCAAACACAUAAUAUGCCAAAUCCACCUGGACAUCCAGUGAGGUUGUAGGAUUCUGCUUCUAGUCAGCCUCAAUCUCCAUGGCCAAGGAUGACUUCAACUGAUAUUCAAAAGUAUACAAAAGUAUUUGUUGCAGUAGAUACAGAUAGGGAUAGGAAAAUCACUGGGGAACAAGCCCGGAACUUGUUCCUUAGCUGGAGAUUACCAUGGGUGGCUAGCGUAUUCCCUGAUCAUGAGUUCUACAUAUGAUUAUAUUUUCUAGAGGUUUUAAAGCAGGUAUGGGACUUAUCUUAACAAAAUAAUGAUAGCAUGCUUUCUCUCAUGGAGUUUUGUAUUGCACUGUACCUAAUGGAACAACACACCGAAGGACGUGCUCUUCUAGGAGUAUUUCCAAGUAACAUUCUCCUUGCUUUACUACCUUCUGGCCUACCUGCCACUCAGUACAGUUCUGUAACUUGGGGAAAUCCAUCAGGUUUUCAACAAGAGGAAGAGAUGAGUGACCCUGGUGCUCAACGAGUGAACCCAACUACAGGCCAGCCACCAAGGCCAGCUUCUGUUUUUCUAUCUGAUGAAGGACUUCAAAAACAGCAAAAGUCCCACGUUCCAGUGUUGGAGAAGCACGUCAUUAAUCAGUUGAGAUCUGAUGAGCAAAAUUCAAUUAAUUCGAAGUUUCAAGAAGCCUCAGAAGUUGAUAAGAAGACUCAUGCUGAUUGUAUCCAAUCAGACCUUGAUGAACUGGUAAAAUCUCUAAACAACCAGUGUAAGAAGUAUGGAUUACGUGCAAAGUCAACAACACUUGUGGAACUAUGGUAGUUAGUUGAUACAGUGAAGAAGGUCCUGUUGUGGCAACUGAGCAAGUAGCUCCUGCCAUCGGCGAGCCAAUGGAUAUCAUGACUGCCUUACAGCUAACACUUAGGAAGUCACUUGCUUAUGGUGGUCUUGCACGAGGCCUUUAUGAGGGUGCCAAGGUGAUCGAGAAGUGCACUGCUCAGCUCAUUGUUCUUGCCGAGGAUUGUGACCAACCUGACUAUGUUAAACUCGUCAAGGCCCUUUGUACUGAGCAUUUGUGAUUUGAGUCUUUCAUGCUGAGGAUUGUGAGUUUUUUCCUAUAAACCGCGAAAUUCAACAAUAUUAUGUUUGGAUUAUUGAUAUUUAUUUUUUAAUUUUUUUAUUUUCUACACAAAAAAUGAUAAAGAGAUAGAAUAAGUUAAUAACUUUUAAUAAGUUUUAUAUGUAUUGAUAUUUUUUAUCCCAAAUUUUAUAAGUACUUUGGUUAUAAGAGA